AUGGCUAAAUAGGUAUAAGGGAUUCCAGAUUUUUAAAAUAUUUUCUGCAUGUAUAAAACACAGUUAAAAAAAAUAAAAACAGCAGUUUUGACAGCAGAAGGGGUUCUACGCAAUAUUAGACAGGUGGUUUUAAUGUUAUGGCUGAUAUAUAUACACAGGUAAAAACACACUUACUACUGAGAUAAACAGGUUUAAACAGAACUCCACUGCUGCUAUUAGACUCUUCUAAUAUCUGUCUCUGAAUCACAAACAGACAUUCAAUCUAAUCCAGUUAAUUAUAAUCAUUAAACACCAACCAUAUCUCUCACACUCAAACAGUAUGGGGCAAAUUCCCAAACAGGAAUUAAGCUUAGCUUUGGAUUGCACAGGAUGUUGAAUGGAGAAGAAAAAUGUAUUCUAUGACAAUACAUAGGGCCUGGUGGUCUGAAAGUGAGAUGUGUUCUGGUGUUUAAAUAUCUGGCGUGUUUCUAUCUUGGUCGCGCCACUGACUGAUUAAAACCCUGACAACAGCCCAUUCCUAUCUUAGCCAUGUAGGAGUGCUAUGCACUAUGCAUGCUCAGUGUGUGUACAUCCCUGCUUGUUACACACACAAAUAAAUGUGCUGCAGAGCUCAAAACCAGCUUUUACAUCAACAAUAAACAGAACAAGGAAUAAAAUAACAUUGAUGUUUCGUUAAAUGAGCUGCUGGUGUGUCUUGAAGGUGUUAAAAUACAAACGUGCCAAAGUCAAAGCUAUACACUAAUGUUUAAUUAGUGUAGCCACAUCCAGAGAUGCUUAUAUAAUUCUUACCAUACUGUAAGCUUUAAAUAUUUUUAUUACUUUCCUUGCAGGGAGAAUAAAUUAAAAGAAGACCACAGUCCUCUUUCUCUCUCUCUCUCUCUUUUUCUUUCUCUUAGAAAUCUUCCCUCCCUCUUGCUCUUUCUCUCUCUCUCUAACUCAAAUAGCUCUGAAACACACAUACACACAGACACAAACACACACACACACACACAUUCAUAUACACACUCUCUCCACUUGUUCCCUAAGUCUCUUCUCUCAAAAGUGUGUGGGUGGCCAAGGUCGCCAGUGUAAAGUGAAUGUGAUUUUCAAUUACACAGCUUCAGAGCAGGUUGAAAGUUGGGCGAGGUGGACGUAGAAGGCAAAUUUUGUAGCUAGCAGAUUCGGCACGGCCUGCGGAGCGUUUCGGGUGGCAUCCGGCAGCCAAGGUGAAGAUGCCACUAAUGAGAGAUGUGCGUAAGAAAGCGGAUGACAUCAGCGCCGUGUACGAGCUGAGAGAGAAGCUGGGAGAAGGCUCUUUCUCAGAGGUGAGAGUCGCUCAGCACCGCAAGACACACAAGCUUGUAGCCGUCAAGUGCAUCCGCAAGAGGGCGCUAAAGGGCAAGGAAUCCAUGCUGGAGAACGAGAUCGCAGUUUUACGCCGAAUCAAGCAUGAAAAUAUAAUUUCCCUGGAGGAGACCUUUGAGACGCCUACGAAACUUUAUUUGGUAAUGACACUGGUGACCGGAGGAGAGUUGCUGGACAGGAUUCUGGAGAGAGGAAGCUACACAGAGAAGGAUGCCAGCCGGGUCAUUCUGCAGGUGCUGGAGGCCGUCAAGUACCUGCAUCAGCUGGGCAUCGUACACAGAGACCUCAAGCCGGAGAAUCUGCUGUAUGAAACUCCUUUAGAAGAUUCGAAGAUUGUCAUCAGUGACUUCGGUCUGUCUAAGAUGGAGGAGCAGGGAGCGCUGUCCACCGCCUGUGGAACCCCAGCGUACGUAGCUCCUGAGCUGUUACAGCAGAAGACGUAUGGUAAGGGAGUCGACCUCUGGGCCCUGGGAGUCAUUUCAUUUAUAUUGUUGUGUGGCUAUCCUCCCUUCUACGAUGAAAACGACACUCAGCUCUACAAGCAAAUCAUAAAGGCUGAGUUUGAGUUUGACUCACCGUACUGGGAUGAUAUAUCUGAUUCAGCCAAAGACUUCAUAGUCCACUUACUGCAGAAGGAUCCGGAGAGGAGGUUCAAUUGUGAGCAGGCCUUGCAGCAUCCUUGGAUUUCAGGUGGAGCUGCUCUGGAUAAGAACAUCCACGGUUCAGUCAGCGCACAGAUUCAGAAGAACUUCGCCAAGAGCCAGUGGAAGAGAGCCUUUAAUGCCACCAUGGUGGUUCAUCACCUCAGGAAGAAGGCUCAUACCAGUGAGGAGGAGGUGGACGCAUCCAUAAGUACUGGGACCUCAUGAAGACCCUCUGGCGCAGGACCAAGAGUCCGUCAACUCCACGAAUCCGACUGCGCUCUUGUCCUAGCAGGGCCUGCGCUCCGAACUGCUGAUGUAGGCGCUAUCUGCUGCUUUGCCUGAAACAAACCAGUAUGAUUUUUGUGCUGGUGCCAGAUGGAACUGUAUUGGAGGCUCCUUUGUGUAAGUUGCUACUGCUGCACAUCACCGCACUGUUUACCUGUUUACUGUUUUAGCUAGCGUACGCUAAACUGUCAUGCUGUGGCGGCUUGUUUGUGUUUGUUUAACAGUGUGCUGCUAUUUGAAGUACUUUAUAUUAUUAGCUUUGUGUGCUUUAAGCUGUUCAUAAAUAAUGAUGACACAUCUGUGCAUCUGUGCUAUGUAGUGUAGGAGAGUAAAUAUGUACAUAGAGUAUGACAAAACAAUGUGG